AUGAUGCUGGACGACACCAAACACACCACCUAUAUUCAUGACUUGGAUCGGGAAUUGGCGGAUAUAGAUACUCCCGAUGGAGGUCUAAUUCUUCUACCCCUUGCGGCCAAAUUGAUCUCCGUGCCGGAAUCAGUCUUGUCGACCCCUUCGCAGGGCAAGGAACUAGUUCUGUACACCGACCCGUCUUCGCUGACCCUGCCCGAGGAGCAAGAUAGCGUGAGGAAAGCAAUCAUUGAAUCCAGGGCUAGAGCCAGGGCAAGGACGAGGGCAAGGGCGCAAGCAUCGAGUAGUCACCAAUCUUUACCUCGUUUCGAUCAUGCAUCGUCUUCGACCAAGGGCUUUGCGGAUACCGAUGCCUCUUUAACGUAUAGUACUGAUGACGACCCGAUGGACAUUGACUGCAAUCCUUAG